AUGUCCUCAAAACGCUCGGAAGAUUACCAUGAUGCAGAGUUGAGCAAAACGACGCUCAACGACGAUGACAGGGAGCUCGAGGCGAUGGGCUACGUUCCCUCGUUCAGACGAGAAUUUUCCAAUCUUGCGACGAUCAGCUUUGCAUUCAGCAUCAUGGGUGUUUGCUCAAGUAUCGCGACAACAUUCAAUACCCCUUUACUCCACGGAGGGCCAUCGUCGGUGACAUGGUGUUGGAUUUUGGGCGCUUCACUGUGCUUCACUCUGGGAGCAAGUAUUGCUGAAAUUGUCAGUGCAUACCCUACGUGUGGCGGAUUAUACACGGCGUCUGCCCAACUCUCCCCUAAAAAGCACCGUGCAAGAGUCGGCUGGUUAGUUGGCUGGCUGAAUAUAUUAGGUCAAAUUGCAGGCAUCUCGUCUACAGAAUAUGGUCUCGCCAAUAUGAUAUGGGCAGCCGUGGUCAUCGGCAAGGACGAGAACUAUCCGUUAACCCAGGGCAAAAUUGUUGGGCUCUUCGCGGGUCUUCUCAUAUUUCAUGGCAUCCUCAAUUCACUUGCCACUCGACAUCUCGCUAGACUGACAACGUCAUUUGUGUUUGUGAAUCUCGGUGCGACCUUCUUAAUCAUCAUUGUUCUCCUCGCGACUACACCACGAGCGGAGAUGCACGCUGCCUCGUAUGUCUUUGGAUCCGCUGGUAUAGUUAAUCAGACGGGAGGUUGGAAUACUGGGAUAGCAUUCUUGUUUGGACUAUUGAGUGUCCAAUGGACGAUGACGGAUUAUGACGCAACGGCCCACAUUUCCGAGGAAGUCAAGCGUGCGGCAUAUGCAGCCCCCUCCGCCAUUUUCAUCGCUGUUGUCGGAACUGGCCUCAUUGGCUGGUUGUUGAACAUUGUUCUCGUCCUAUGUUCUGGCCCGCUCGAAAAUCUCCCAGGGCCAUCAGGGUCUGCCAUGCUUGAGAUCAUGGCCAUUAGGAUGGGUAAAACAGGCGCUCUUAUCCUUUGGGUGUUCGUCUGCCUUACGGCCUUCUUCGUAACGCAGACAGCUCUCCAGGCGGCGUCGCGCACGCUAUAUGCGUUUAGCCGCGACCAUGGUCUUCCUGAUCGUGGCUAUUUCGGCGAGACUUCGAAAGGCACUCGUACACCCCUUCGUGCUAUCUGGCUCACGACUAUCGUCAGUAUCAUCCCUGGUCUCCUGGCGCUUGCCAGUCUUGUCGCUGCCAAUGCCAUCUUCUCUCUGACGGCAAUGGCACUUGAUCUCUCCUACAUCAUUCCCAUCUUCUUAAGAAGGUUUUACCAUUCCCACCCCGACGUCGUAUUCAAACCAGGUCCGUUUUAUAUGGGAGAUGGCAUCCUUGGAUGGUCGUGUAACCUUAUCUGCAUCGUGUGGACGGUCUUCGUAUGCAUUAUAUUCUCGUUCCCCACCAACCUCCCCGUUACCCCUGACAACAUGAACUACGCCUCCGUCAUAACCUUCGGUGUCAUCUUCCUCGCUUUCCUUUGGUACUUCCUCGGCGCCCAUAAACACUAUACGGGUCCACAAUCAAAUAUACACACGACGCACAGUGACGAACACGUACACGGUUCCGGAGACUUCAAAGAGAAGGACCCGUCCCAGACGACUACACGACCGCUUUAG